UCCGCGGGCCGCCCGCACCAUGUUCCCCGUGUCUCGCUGCCGCCUCGGGGUCCCCACGGCACCCUCCGCGGUCCUGGCUGUGGCUCUGCUCUCGUCGCUCUCGCGCUGUUCCCACUUGGAGCCCAAGGACCCCGCCGUCUCGGCGCUCAGCUCCUACUUCGGCACCAAAACUCGCUACGAGGAUGCCAACCCCGGGCUGCUGCGGGGCCCCGAGGCGCCGCGGCGGGACCCGGAGCUGCUGGAGGAGAACUGCACCCCGGUGCAGCUAGUCGCGCUCAUCCGCCACGGCACCCGCUAUCCGACGGCCAAACAGAUCCGCAAGCUGCGGCAGCUGCACGGGCUGCUGCAGGCCCGCGCGCCCGGGGAGCAGCGGACCGACGCCGCCGGCGGCCGAGACCUGGGCGCCGCGCUGGCCACCUGGCCGCUGUGGUACGCGGACUGGAUGGACGGGCAGCUGGUAGAGAAGGGGCGGCAGGACAUGCGACAGCUGGCGCAGCGCCUGGCCUCCCUUUUCCCGGGCCUCUUCAGCCGCGAGAACUACGGCCGCCUGCAGCUCAUCACCAGCUCCAAGCACCGCUGCGUGGAGAGCGGCGCCGCCUUCCUGCAGGGGCUGUGGCAGCACCACCACCCCGGGCUGCUGCCGCCCGACGUCGCAGACAUGGAGUGUGAACCUCCAAGAAUUAAUGAUAAACUAAUGAGGUUCUUUGAUCAUUGUGAGAAGUUUUUAACUGAAGUAGAAAGGAAUGAUACGGCUCUUUAUCAUGUAGAAGCCUUCAAAACUGGACCAGAAAUGCAGAAUAUUUUGAGAAAAGUUGCAGCUACUUUGCAAGUGCCAGUCGACAAUUUAAAUGCAGAUUUGAUUCAGGUAGCUUUUUUCACCUGUUCAUUUGACCUGGCAAUUAAAGAUGUUAAAUCACCUUGGUGUGAUGUUUUUGACACAGAUGAUGCAAAGGUAUUAGAAUAUUUAAAUGAUCUGAAACAAUAUUGGAAAAGAGGAUAUGGGUAUACUAUUAAUAGUCGAUCCAGCUGCAUCCUCUUUCAGGAUAUCUUUCAGCAAUUGGACAAAGCAGUUGAUCAGCAAAAAAGGUCUCAGCCAGUUUCCUCUCCAGUCAUCCUUGAGUUUGGUCACGCAGAGACCCUUCUUCCACUGCUUUCUCUCAUGGGGUACUUCAAAGACAAGGAGCCCCUAACAGCUUACAAUUACAAGGAACAGAUGCAUCGGAAGUUCCGAAGUGGUCACAUUGUACCCUAUGCUUCAAACCUAAUAUUUGUGCUUUACCAUUGUAAAAAUGCUAAGACUCCUAAAGAAGAAUUCCGAGUACAGAUGUUAUUGAAUGAAAAGGUGUUACCAUCGGCUCACUCACAAGAAACUGUUUCUUUGUAUGAUGAUCUGAAGAACCACUACAAGGACAUCCUUCAGAGUUGUCUUACCAAUGAAGAAUGUCAAUUACCAAAGGUGAACAACACAUCUGAUGAGCUAUGAGUAACUGAAGAACCUUUUGCGUUCAUCAGGAAUCUAUAGGGAGUGAUAACAUGCUUGGAAUAGGUGGGCAAUCCCUGGUUACAGAAAGCUUUCACGUUACUUGGGUAUUUCUGUCUUUUCAUAGAAAAACACUGAGUUUUUUUUUGAUCCUGGACAUGGAUGUGUAAGAAACAAUUCUUCACUGGAGCAGCUCUUAAGGGAGUGGAAAUCUAUUCAAAGAAAUUGCUGACACUGCAAAUGUUUACAGAAGUUAAAUUCUUCCUAUUUAUAUAAGAAAUCUCACACUGAGACUAUGUUUUCGAAAUAAUGCCUGAAAAUGCUGUAGUAACAAAAUCUGUCAGUUGGAUGAUCCAUAACUUGAUUGAACCAAGUCUAGGAACUUUACCAAUUGUGCUACAAGUCUCUCUUUUUUCCUCAAGUAGCACAGUUCUAGUAUUAUCUGUCUUAAUCAGAAACAUUACGAUACACUGGGAGUAUCAUUUUGGAAGAAAGCUGACAUCUCUCUGAGAAUUUGAAACAAUUUAAGAAACAGUCUGAUAUAAAUGGACACUUUCACUUAAGGAAGGCAAAAAAUAAAAUAAAUAUUUUUUAUAGUAUUUAUAAAGUAUUUGACCACUUUUUCAAUAAUUCCUUUUAGACUCCUGCAUAGUCCUGCAAGGCCAUUCUUUAGUUAUUAUCAUAUCUGUUUUACAUAUGCAACAGUGGGAGGACAAAGAGGACCAUUAGCAAUGCCAGAAUCAGGGUUUCUUCAGUCCAUUGCUGAGCGAUUUCUAGCAUUCUGUUACUUUGCCUCUAGUUUUAUAUUUUGCCGUUAUGGGAAAUAUCUUUUGGUUGCUUAAUUUCUUUUUUGUUUUGUUAAAUAAAGACUUUAUCCUGGUUGGUUUAGUUUUACAGAUAUGAACCUAUUUAAAAAAAUUAGUUCUGAAUUCUGUCAAAUAUCAUGAAAAUGUUUGCCAUAAUAAUAAACAGAAUUCUUGGUCUUUUCCACUCUUUGUGUUGAUAAACAAUUGGUAUUGAUGAUAAAAGGUUGGAAUUUUAAGCAGCUUUGACUAAACCAGGCAAUAUAAGGCUAUUCUCUUCUGAUUGAAAUAUUCUCAAACAAAUUUUUACUUUCUAAAAAGUGGAAAGCCAUUUUACUAAGAAUCUAAGAAGUAUCAAAACUGUGUAUUAAAAUUAUAAAAUAAUAUAUAGAUCAUUGAUCUUCAAAAAAUAAUCUUUGGCUAGCAAGAGUUCAUUCACAAUAGGUGAUCAAAUUACUCUGCUAAGCGAAAAUUUAAUCACUGUCGACCUGACACUAGUCGACUAGUAAAAAGCCUGUGGACAUCAGUCAUUUUUCUGUCGAAUCUGCAACUUGAUGCGUGCAGUGUAUUGUACUUACUGGUUUUUAUGUCAUCAUUUUGAAGUUUCUGCUCUCCAACACAUAAUCAUUCACUUGAUACUGUUUUUGUAUAUAAUCUUGAUUUUAAUUUUAACACUGAAAGCAAAACUCAACUUGUAAAGAAAAAAGAGCUUUUUGUUUUUUUU